AAAACCAAAAUAUUAAAGGAGUAGCAGAGAACAUCAGAGUCAAACAAUAAUAUGGGGCAAGUGAAGGGGCAGUGCAUGUGGUUGGUGCACGUGAUGGCUACUGAUCAGCCUGAACUUUCAUUAACCCCACCAUCCUUGGGUGUGAAAACUCUUGGGAAAUUUUUUUUAUUUCUCUGUUCUUGCAAGAGUUUUUUUAUGAAACUAGAAUUGUGGGCAAAGAUUUUUGUCACAGCAGCUGUCAUGGCACAAGGAGGUAAACAAUAAACCUACAUUUUGCAUCCCUUGAAGAAACAACGAUUGACAGAUUUAUAGCUGCAAUGUGAAGGAGUGAUGACAUAUACGCUUAAAAAUAAGAACAAUUAAUUCUCUGGGGUGGAGAAUUAAAGUGAUAAAGAGGGAAAGAUGGAGAGGCACAGAAAUUUCAACAUCUUUUUCUCUUCUUGGGGAGGUACCAGCAAAGCAAGAUAAAGUGGGUCUAUCCUCUGUCUACAGAGCAGCUGUCCAGAGACAACGUUGCUGUGUAAAUCAGGAGGGAAAUGGUAACAGUGAGUGGAGUGCUGGUAUUUUUUGUGGUGUCUCUGCUGAUUAUACAGUUCCUGAAACUGCAAUGGAUGCGAAGACGACUCCCCCCUGGACCAACUCCAUACCCCUUCUUUGGAAACCUGUUGCAGAUGAACUUCAGAAUUCAUCAUGAGAACCUUAAAAAAAUGGCCAAAAUUUAUGGUAAUAUCUUCACCUUAUGGGUUCCACAAGGUCCUGUAGUUGUCCUACAAGGGUUUCAGGCAGUGAAAGAAGGUCUGACUGUUCAUGCUGAAGAUGUUGCUGGAAGGCCCACAGGAGGUCUCUUUCACUUUGUGUCACAUGGAAAUGGUGUUAUGUUCUCUAAUGGCCAUCUCUGGAAGCAGCAGAGGCGUUUUGGAAUUGCAACAAUGAGGAAAAUGGGAGUAGGGAAGAAAACCCAGGAGUAUCGGCUACAAGAGGAGGCCUGUCAUUUGGUGGAAUAUUUACAGAAAACCAAUGGAAAACCUCUGGACCCCACUAUGCCUGUUGUUCAUGCUGUCGCAAAUGUGAUUUGUUCUGUGAUUUUCGGACAUCGCUUCUCCAGAGAUGAUGAAAAUUUCCACCGCUUGAUUGAAUCCAUCGAUGCCAUAACAGCAUUUGGGAACAGCAUCGCUUUUUUUGUAUGUGAACUGUUUCCCUGGCUUACAAGUCAUUUCCUAGCAGCAUAUAAAGAGGCUGAGUCCAAAUUAGAUUUUGUGAAAGCUCUAUUAGCAAAGGAAGUUGAAAGCCACAAAGAAAAAAGAAAAGCGGACGAAAAUCGAGAUUUCAUCGAUUACUAUUUGGCUGAGAUAGAUAAAACUAAAGGAGAUGCUGAAUCUACUUACGAUGAAGAAAAUUUGAUCCAGACUAUUUUUGACCUCUUUAUAGCAGGUACAGAAACUACAGCCACCACUUUACGUUGGGCAUUGCUCUUUAUGGCGAUUUAUCCUGACAUUCAAGAGAAAGUUCAGAAGGAGCUGGAUGCUGUUCUUGGUUGUUCCCAUGUAUUUUGCUAUGAGGACAGAAAGAAGUUGCCCUAUACAAACGCUGUAGUUCACGAGAUCCAGCGAUACAGUAAUAUAAUCUUAAUUGCACUUCCCAGACUGAGUCUGAAGGACACGGAGCUGCUGGGAUAUCAUGUUCCAAAGAACACCGUAAUUCUUGCAAAUAUAGACUCUGUUCUGUCUGAUCCUGGAAAAUGGGAGACACCUGAUCAGUUCAACCCAGGCCACUUUCUGGAUAAAGAUGGAAACUUUGUAAACAGAGAAGCAUUCUUACCAUUCGCAAUAGGGCAGCGUGUGUGCAUGGGGGAGCUGUUGGCAAGGAUGGAGCUCUUUAUUGUCUUUUCCACCCUGCUACAGGCAUUCACGUUCACCCUUCCAGAAGGAGUGAAGGAAGUCAACACCAAGUUUGUUUUUGGGAGCACGAUGAAGCCACCUCCCUACCAGAUCUGUGCCAUUCCUCGGUAGGAAAUGGUAGAUGAAGGGAAGAGUUAUUCUGUAAAAUUACUUCUAUAUGUGAAUUCCUUUUUCCAUGUCUUCAGAUUUUUCUUUCCUCUUCAUUUGGUUAAUCACUACCCUGAAAAAUGUUUUUCAGAUAGUUGCAUCUUGAGGAUUAUAAUUAC